GCUGGAGCUAACGCGGUGAUUGGCGGCUCUAAAUGGCGCUGUGAUUGGCUGCGUGGGAAGUAGUGGUUCAACGCACGUGGCUGAGUGUUUUUACUCAGUACCUUGCUGAUGUUCACGGAAAACGGACAGUUCUUGGUGUUAGUUCUGUGAUAAAUAAAGCUGCAGUGAAGUCCUAUUCAGUCAAGCAACUAAUAUUUAUUAGCAGUUUCGCCGUAAUGCUAACUGAGGACCCUGUAUAAAUGAGCGGCACGUCGUUGACCACAAAAAUGGGUUGGGAUUCUCAGGAACAAACACUCUUCUACCAGCCGUCUUGGAGAGUCCCGAAUAACCGACAUGGCAUUGCAGAAGGCUGGCAAGACCGUAACGCUUCAAGCAAAUUAUGUAUAGAGAAAUGUAUAUCCAUUAACAAUAACAUCAAUGGGUUUUGUACCUCUACAAGUGACCUGGCUUUCCUUCGUGCAAAGGUAGAUAAGAAACGACUAGUACUGAAUCAUUCCCAAACAGUGAGAGACAAUGGACAUCGCGCUCUGGGAAAUGAAACCGAACCCAAAGUCCCACCAAGUGACAGAAGAGAUCGCUCAGAUUCAAAGUCUAAAAUCACGAAGAUCUUCCUGAAGUGUUACACGUGUGGCGAGGAGUGCGUCGACGACCAUUUUACGGGACACCUCUUCUUUGGCGAAGUGGGAUGUACAGUGUGUGAAUUGAGAGUUAUGUCGUGUGACCGUUUUCGGGAAGAGACCUUGAGUAGCACCUGUUCUCAUAAAUUCAAGUUUAGCAGACCCUUCAAGUAUCUGCACAACAAAAUAUCAUGUAGCCUCAGUGGCAGAAACGGUGAUAAAAUGCACUCUACUAGAGCUGCACUUAGACUUUCGUCAUACUUGUCGAAACUGAAAUCACUCAAAGGAAAGGAACCUUGGUCGCUGGCCAUUUUACAGUGCAAGAAAUGGUUAGACAAGCUCCGGUUUCAAAAAAUGCUCCAUAUUUUCCAUGCAAACAAGAGGGAAAGAACCAGCGUUACUUCAGCUCUCUCUAGUAAAGAACAUGCACCGUUCAUGUCGCAAGGUGUUCCUCUGACUAAGAAGCCGAAAGUUUCUUCUAUUACAUCAAAAUCUUACAAAACUAGCAACAUAUAUACUGCUGACCCUUCGAUAGACUCCUGCUUCACGGAAGGUGGCGAGCCAGAAAUGUUAUCCCAUUCACCCCGAUUAUCUCAUAAAGUGCAAAUGAGCGAGUCGGUGCCAUUGUCGGGACAAAAUGCAGGAGAGAGCUUGGAAUCCAAAAAAACUGAACUCAUCAUAACUGGAUUCCUGGAUACACCGACAGACGGCUACUACUAUGUAAGUCGCCGUUCCAUCGAGGAGUGCCCAAUGUGUUAUGAGGAACUGUGCCCUUCCAGAUUUACCGUCAACGUCCACACCUUCCUCCUGACAACAGUAUGCAUCGACUGUGGUCUCACUAUCUAUAUAGUAUUUGAUCCCCCUGAUGGCUCAGUGCCCAAGGUGGCCAUAGUGACUUGACCACUUCUUUGAGACAAAAAACAAACUGUGAUACCUCAGUGCAGAAGAAUGUAAGAAAAUAUUUAGGGUAGUUUGCCUCUGUUUAUACGAAAAUUUAGCUGAGAAAGUGUUCAUAUUAGAAAUGUAUUUAUUUAUGUGAAGAAAAUAAAAAGAAAACACUGAA